CAAAAAUUCAAGCAACACGACUUAUUUUCUCUCUCCCUCUCUCUUACAGUUCGAUUUUCAUUGAGUUGGCUCCUGUUACUUUUUUCCAUAUCUACGCCUUUAUCUGUUCAUAGCUUCGUUUUUAAUUCGACCAACAAUCCUCCCCUGAAAAAUGCCAAAUUAUAAAGUGUUGGUAGAAGAAGAAAGCUUAAAAAGAUCGAUUAAAGUAGUCUGGCAGUGAACUAGGGUAGGAAUUCAGAUUGAUUUGUGGCUUGUGGACCGCGGUGGAGGCCAGUGGCGACGAGGGGUUGCUCCUCUUCUUGUUCAUCUUGCUCCUCUGUUUCUUCGAAUUUGGGCCGGACCUUUCCCGACGUUGAAGAUUCUGAAUUGAUACAUGACCGGCAACCCCUUAUUGUGUAUGAAUAUUUGUGUAUUGAUUCUGUGUGUGAUUACAAUUGGGUUUUUGUAGAGAAAGAAAAGGGAAGUUAAAAGAAUUUGGUAUGUGUUUGUGUGUGUAUAUAUAUAUAAUAUAUGUAUGUAUAUAAGAUCACAAACGCACCCAAUUCUUUUUUUUUUCCCUGGUUAAGUAGAUUCUUUGUGUUUGUGUGUGUAUAUAUAAUAUAUGUAUGUAUAUAAGAUCAUAAACUCUCAAAAACUAAUCCAACCUUGCAUAGAAAAAACAAAAGAAGAAAAUCACAACCCAAUCAAAUUUUCAACUUUCCUUUUCUAAAUAUAUUCUUAGCAUCCCAAUAGGAGCUUAGAAUUUGGUGCUUUGAAGGUUAGUUUCUAAUUUGGGGUUUUCUGGUUCGAAUGUAUAUAUAAGAUGAAUAUAUAUAUAAUUAUAUAUAAUGGUCAAUAUUGUUCUAAAACUCUCAUAAGGGUAUAUAUGGUAUUCUAAAUUUUGACCAAGGCACAUGGAUCACGUGCCUCCUUAAUUAUCAGAUGGACUUUACCCAAUUAUAAGUAAUUCAAUAAUUUGAUUUGAAAUAUUGCCGGCUCAUAUUUCAUUGCAACCAAACAUUCCCGCCACUGUAAAAGCCCAUUCGCGCCCCUAAUUUUGAAAGGUAACACGGCCUUGCUUUAGUGUUUAUUUUCCUCUCUGGUUCUCUAUCAUAUUCAAGGCGGUGAACCCUCAGCGGCACACUCCUUUGUCUCUCUACCUGUGUCUCCGUCGAACCUCUCACCGUCAAACUGAUUCCCGUCACAGUCGCGGUCUCUAUUUUACUGGAUCUACAGGGCUAGUUCACGGUCACAGAAUUUUGGAACGACCGCUCGUUGCUUAGUCUCUCUCUUUCCUUUGGUCACAGUUACUCAGUUUUGUGCUCGUUGUAUACUAUCACUCGUGUCAUCCGGCGAACUUUGUGCUGCUUGGAUUGUUCGUGGGAUUAACUUGUUCAUUUACUAGUCGUAACUGCUGUCUAAGAAAGGCGACCUUUUAGGAGAUGUAUGGGAAGAAGGCGUGUGAGUUGGUAAAAGAACUUUCGAGCAGUGAACCUGGGCAACUGGCUGCUUUCAAUACCAACCUGUUUGCUCAAGCAAUUGAAGAAUGUAAUUUUCAUUUCCUUCAGCUGCAAGCCCUGCUGAGCAAAGUUCAAGAAGGGGGAUCAGACAACCAAACAGCUAGAAAUGCAGACCACUUUGGGGCACUCAUCCAUCACCUUUCUUUAGUCCGCAAUAAGCGCUGCCUUAUGGCUUAUGUGUCUAAUAGAGCAGAAGUUAUCCGAAGUUUGGGAUGGACAAUUGAACCUCCACUUCCUGAAGAAAUUCAAGAGAAGCUCAGCAGCUCAGAAAAAGAAUAUUCCAAGAAUCAUUCUGGAACAAUAAAAUCAUAUGGAUCAGAAAUGGAUCUUGAUCUGGCCUUGGAUAUGGUGCCACCCAAAGAUCCCUAUAUCAAGGUGAGAGUCCUUGAUGAUAUUGGUCAUGUGGCGCUCAGUGAUCAGAAUGCCGUACUUACUCGCUAUGCGAUUCUCUUUCUCCGGCGAACUGAUGCCGAGCCAUACAUCUCUCAGGGCUUGAUGGAGGAGCUCACUGCUAACUGAAUUAUUGUUAAACAACAUACUGAUGGUCCAAUAUGAUUGACAUAGCAACACUAACAGUAUUGGCCUCACUCAACUGUUUUUUCACUGUCUAAAUUGUUGUUCUUGUUCAUCCAUAUAAUUUAAUAAUUUGUAAUGUAAGAAGAAAAUGUAAUUGUUGAUUCACACUUCCUCUCAGGAAGUGAAAAAAGUGGGAAUAUCCAAUCUUGAAUAUUUUGUAACAUUGGAUGAUAUGUAUCUCAAUUAUUGUUUGAUGCUCCAAUAAUCAACUUAAUUGAUUGUUCAAAUUUG